CUUGAUUUAUACUAAAAUCUGUCUGUUUUUCUGUUUCUAAGAAGAAAGAAUCUGCUAUAGGUUUUGUUUGCCAUCCAGUUUUUAAAGUUCAUAUUGAAUUGAUUUUUCCAUACGCCAAAUCCUUGUUAAGAAUUAAGAAGGGUUUUCUUUAGAGAGAGAAUCCCUUUAGGAAGAUCAUCACAGGUUUAGAGUGGGCAAGGUUACAGAAAGAAAUGGCAAAUAGUGCAGCAGCAUGUGCAGAAAGGGCAACAAGUGAUAUGCUGAUUGGUCCAGAUUGGGCUGUCAACCUUGAGCUGUGUGAUCUUAUCAAUAUGGACCCAGGACAAGCAAAAGAUGCAGUGAAAAUACUGAAGAAGCGCCUUGGAAGCAAGAAUCCAAAGAUACAACUACUCGCGCUUUUUGUACUGGAAACUUUGAGCAAAAACUGUGGGGAGAACGUGUUUCAGCAAAUCGAGCGGGAUAUCUUGCAUGAUAUGGUUAAAAUUGUCAAGAAAAAGCCCGACUUGAACGUAAGGGAAAAGAUUCUUAUCUUGAUAGAUACUUGGCAAGUAGCUUUCGGUGGGCGUGGGGGAAGGUAUCCCCAAUACUAUGCCGCAUAUAACGAACUGAAGUCUGCUGGAGUGGAUUUUCCACCCAGAGAAGAGAACAGUGUGCCAUUGUUUACACCUCCACAAACUCACCCCAUUGUUCAUCCUGCUUCAACAUAUGAAGAAUCUGCUAUUCAGGCCUCCCUCGAGAUUGAUGCUUCUGGAUUCAGCUUAUCAGAAAUUGUGACUGCACAAGGAAUAGCAGAUGUGUUGAUGGACAUGCUUACUGCUUUGAAUCCUAAGAACAAAGAGGGUGUAAAGGAAGAAUUGAUUGUUGAUCUUGUCGGCCAAUGUCGUUCUUACCAAAAUCGUGUCAUGACCCUAGUUAACACUACCUCAGAUGAGGUGCUUCUAGGCAAGGGUUUGGCCUUGAAUGAUACUUUGAUGCGUGUUCUUGGUCGUCAUGAUGACAUUGCAGCGGGAGCUCCCAAUCACUCGGUUGAGGCUGGGGCUCAGGAAAAUUCUGUUGCUCGUCUUGUAAAUGUAACUCACGAGGAUGAUGAAUCUGAAGAUGAUUUCGUGCAGCUAGCACAAAGGUCAUCAAGGGACCAACAUGUACGUAACCAGAACAUUAUAGGUGAACCCGUGCGGGUUAGCCCACUUGCCCCUCCUCCACCCUCAUCGGUCAAUCCUGUUCGUGCUGAUUCAGGUUCGAUGGUUGACUAUCUGAGUGGUGAAGCAUACACUUCUGAAAGAUCUUCCGGUGGACCAUCAGGCUCCACAUAUACGACAACUCCAGCUCAAACCAUGUAUGCUGAUCAGCCUGCUUAUGAUGCACCAACUCGUGUGACCAAAUCCGUGCACUUUGAUCUGCCUCCGAGUUCUAUCCCUCCACCACCUUCAAAGCACAAUGAAAGACGACACUUCUUUGAACCAAAUUCCAGCAAUGGGUUGGUUGAUCAGACUCGGGACCUCUCUCUCAACACUUCGGCUCCGGUCAAGAAAGAGAAACCCGAAGACCUCCUGUUUCAAGAUCUCGUUGAUUUUGCGAAAGCCAAAUCGUCUUCUCCAAAACCAAAUAGGUGAUUUUAGUUCCUCUUUCUAUCUUUGUUAUAUGUGUGUAUAUCGACAAUUUAUUAAUGCAGUUCUCUUAAAUUCAAUAUUACAAGUGAA